UUACAUUACAUUUCAUUUUGCACUUUGAAUUUGUUGUGUUUAUUUGAGAUUUGUAUAAGUGAUUAUUUUUGUAUUUUAAAUUGCAAAAAAUGCAAGAAAGUAAUAAAAGAAAGAGAACUGCUAACUUUACGGCUGAUGAAGAACAAAUAUUAAUAUCUUUUGUUAAAAAAUAUAAACAUAUUCUUGAAAAUAAAAAAAGUGAUGCAGUUACAAAUUCCGAGAAACUGAAAACCUGGGAAAAAAUAGCCCAAGAAUAUUGUAGCUUAAUGGGCUGUUCAAAAACAAGUUUAUGUUUAAGAACAAAAUACAACAACAUGAAAAAAAAUGUCAAGAAAAAAUUUGCAGAAGAAAAAAAUUAUUUGAGAUGUACAGGAGGAGGGCCUUCAAUUAAUGUCGAUAUUUCCAGUACAGAUAACACACUUAAGGAAAUUUUAGGAGAUACUGUAACUGGUUUUGUUUCUAACUAUGACGCCGAUUCAGACCAACACAAUCCUGCUAAUAAUGUUGCCACAAAGGAUUUUCAAGGAGAAUUAUUCAUAGAAUCUGUUAGUGAAACAGAACCCACAGUAAACUCAGAAGGAAGUUGUGAAAAAAGCAUUAAUGAUUCAAUGAAGAUUACUUUAAUGCCAGAAAACCCCACGACCAAUUCAACCGAUUGGUCAAAAUAUAAUACGGUAAAACUAAAAAGGCCAAAGUCCUCAGAAUUGAGAUUAAAAAAUGAUGAGAAAAAUAUUCAAAAAAAAAUUUCGACUUGGGCUUUAUCCAAAACUGAAUUAGUGGAACUGCAGAGAAAAUGUUUUCUUGAAGAGCACCAACAAAAACUUAAGCAUAAUCAAGAGAAACAUGAAUUACACAUGAAAAUUCAAAAGGAAGAAUGGGAAAUUAAAAAGAAAAUACUGCUUCUAGAUAAAAAAAAACAUAUGUUUAAAAAAUAG